GAGGGUCGAGAAAGGCUUCUUUCACUCCCCCUCCCUGUCUCGCCCAACCCCUGCCGCUUCGCCCCCCUCUGGGCUCGUCGGCUAGUCUGGAGGCGGCUCCUGAGCCCCCCUUGCGACUGGCGCGGGAAAGACAGUUUUCCUCCCCUGAGCUCGAGCCAGAGGGCUCCUUUAGGGUGGAUAGCUUUGCCUGUGCCCUGGAGGGGGCUCCCCUUCGCUCCACACACACACACGCACCUCUACCUCCUCCCCUAUAUUAUAUUGAGGAGAAAGCAGCUUCCUUUCUCGUCUGCUCAUGCCCGAACCCCCUUAGAUUCCUCCCAACACCGGGCUAAGGGCGCCUGAGUGCUCUUAGGCUGCGGUGGAGCUCAAGGGAGAGAUCCCCGAGCUCCUAGGCGUGAACUCAACUAGCUAUGAAAGGCACCCAGUCCAGGUAACAGGCAAUCGACAAUAGCCACCCCAAAGGCGUCGGUGGAACAAGGGGACUUCAAGCGGCAUAGUCGAAGGGAGAGAGAGAACACUCGAGCAUCUCUUCGUUGCCUAAUUGUCCAGAAGAGAAUCCGUCAGCAGCGCGCAGCACUGAGCCCACUGGCAACGAAAGGGUUAGCUGCUUGGUGUUGAUUGUUUGAGUACUUGAAGCGGGGUGAGGGGGAAGCGGGCGGGAGCCGAAGGGGCAUUUUAAUUUCCUCUCCUGACACAGAAAUGCAUUUUUGCAAAGAAAGAGCCUUAUAGAGCAGCUUUGGGGUGAUGGAUCUGACUGAGACCUGUCGCUAGAGAGAUUCUGGAGAGGGCUUCCUUCCCUUUCGGAAUGUAAUCUAGGAUGCUCAUUCUCAGGUUGCUCAAUGUGGUAGCCCCGGUCUACUUCUUGUGCAUCUCCCUGGUGACCUUCGUCCUGCAGCUCUUCCUCUUCCUCCCCAACAUGUUCAAGGAGCCCACGAUCACCCCUCUCUUCUCUCCGGCUCUGCUCCAUGGGGCUCUCUUCCUCUUCCUUUCUGCCAAUGCUCUGGGCAACUACAUCUUGGUGAUUCAGAACUCACCUGAAGAUCUGGGGCCCCGCAAGACUGCAGGAGCUAAGGGAGUGGGCACCCCUUCUGAGUGGCCAGAGGCAGGCAGGAAGGCGUCCUCCUCCUCACAGAGCACCCACUUUUGCAGACUCUGUGCUAGAGUGACACUGAGACACGACCAUCACUGUUUCUUCACAGGAAACUGCAUCGGGAGCAGAAACAUGCGAAACUUCAUCAUGUUUUGCCUCUAUACCUCCUUGGCAUGUCUCUACUCCAUGGUGGCUGGAGUGGCCUACAUCUCUGCAGUACUCUCCAUCUCCUUUGCCCACCCUUUGGCCUUCCUCACACUCCUGCCUCACUCCAUUAGCCAGUUUUUCUCAGGAGCUGUCCUUGGUUCUGAAAUGUUCGUCAUCCUCAUGCUAUACCUCUGGUUUGGAAUUGGACUGGCCUGUGCUGGCUUCUGCUGCCAUCAACUUCUGUUGGUGCUCAGGGGACAGACCCGACAUCAGGUGCGGAAGGGAAUGGUGGUUCGUGCUCGUCCCUGGAGGAAGAAUCUGCAGGAAGUCUUCGGAAAGAGAUGGCUCCUGGGCCUUCUGAUUCCCAUGCUCAAUGUGGGGAGUGAAUACCCCCGGCAUAAGGCCAAAUAACAGUCCUGCCCUACCUAGCUUGCUCUCUCACACCCUUUCUUUUCUUUAUCUCCAUCCCUGCCUGAACACAGGCAUAUUUUCUCAUUUCCUCUCAUGAUCCACUAGAAUACUCAGCAGUAGGGAAAGGUCAAGUCAACUCUCAGCAUCCCAACCUACAAUCAAGUAAAUAGGUAGUAUUAAAUAGAGGACCAGCUGCCACUCAGUAGAGAGGAAAUUCAAUAGUCCCGAGUUCUGAUACUCAUGUCAUUAGGAAAACAAACUGACAAGAUGAUCAUGAAUUCCCUUAGGACUGACCCCCACUGAGUCCCACUGCUCUCAGAACUUCCUCUUAGGUCCCUUCUUCUCUCCUCAUUUCCAAUUUCCCAAUCCCUCUGUCUUCACUCAUAAAAAUUAUAUAUGACAUCAUGAUUAGUUAGGAAUCCUCCCCUUUGUAUAGUUUUCCUCCAAUACCCUGAUGAGGGUAAGAUUGGGAAAUGAUUGAUUGCUGAGGCUGGUGCAAGUCUCAGAAUGACCUUGAAGGUGAUGAGAAAUGUUUAAAAAUAAAAUAUACGAGAGGCAGGCAAGCAGUUGCUAGCCCCUAUCCUGCCAACUAUAGAAGAGACUAAGAGAUUUUUAGAAUAAUAAUAAUAACUUACAUUAAUAUUGUGAUUUAAAGUUUGUAAAGUACUUUGCAUCUAUUUAUCUCACUUGGACCUCACAGCAACAUUAUGAGGUAGAUACUACAGGUAUUAUUAUCCUAAUUUCACAGAUAGGGAAACUGGGGCUCAACAGAUUUAAGUGAUUUAUCAUGGUUACAUGGUAAAAUUUGACCCCAGAUCUUUCUUGACUUCAAUCCCAGCCCUUCCAUACUACCCCACAUUGCCUCUACAAUGUUAAUUCUGAAAAUAAUCUUAGAGACCAUGUAACCCAACUCCUUCAUUUUGUAAAAAAAAAAAAAAGUUCCAGAUAUUUCCCAUGCCAUUAGUCAGGGGCAAACUUGUACUAGAACCCAGUUCUCCUUAUUCCUGGUCCAGACUGGGACACUUCCUCCAUGCCCUCUCUCCUCCAAGGCCUAAGAACAAAAAGUAAGAAAGACUGAUUGAGUUACUCCUUUAAAUAAUAACAUAGAAAGGUGACAGCAGAUGGCCUCGUAUUUUUACUUUCCAAUCAGCCAGCUGUCCUGCCCACCCCACCCCACCCCACCCUGUCUCUGCUGUUCACCAUAGCUCAGAGCCUGGUGAUCAAUCUGAUUUUAAAACCAAUUGUUCCUCAUUCAUCUGGCUCCUUUCCAGCUCUGCUUGCUUGGUUGGCAGCCAGGAUGACAAGGACAGUAGUCAGAAAAAUAAAAGGGAGAAGGGAAGACAAGUCAGAAAGGUGUGUAAGGGUAUUUAGUGAAUGUGUGUGUGUUGGGUCAGCAGCGUGGAUUGUAGUGUGUUGGGUUCAAGAAUGAAAGGGACUGAGGUUAAAACAAAAAGAGUGUUUGAUGACCGAGACUUUAUUGUUAGAGGAGAUUCAUCAAAGAAAUCUUACACUACAUGUAUAAAGGAUUGUAUGCAAAUAAGAUUCCAGAGCUAGAAAGGUUCUUAGAGGGUAUAGAGGAGGAAACAAGUCCAAAGAAGUGACAUAACCUGCUCAAAGUAAUCCAAGGACGUGACAGAGCUGGAAAUCAAAACUAGAUUUUCUAACUGCAAAUCCAGUGCUCAUUAUUUUACACCUCAUUUCAACUCACUAUGUAACAAAGACCUUUUGAAUGCUUAGACUUUCCCAACAAUGGAAUGGGCUGCUUUAUGGUGUAGUAGCCUCUCCAUCUUCAGAAGUAGUCAAGAGAACCUGGAUGGGGGGAAGCUAGGUGGUCCAGUGGAUAAAGCACUGGCCUUGGAUUCAAGAGGACCUGAGUUCAAAUCCGGCUUCAGACACUUGACACUUAUUAGCUGUGUGACCCUGGGCAAGUCACUUAACCUUCAUUGUCCCACAAAAAAAAAAAAGAACCUGGAUGAAUUAGUGUCAAAGAUUAGGUUAUUUGACCCUUUAGUUCUACCACAACCUGUAGUAAACCUCGAAGGGGAGGAAAAAUAGCAGAUCAGAGUUAACAGGGGGAUUUUUUAAAACAAGCUAGAUUGGGGAGAAUCAGUGGGUGGGGAGUCCUUGUUUCUGGUAACCAAGUAUUCUACAAACCCAAGGAUCUCUGACCUCAAUUGCCUGUACUAGAUUAGAGAUGGAGAAUAAAGAAUCGAAGUCCUGGCCCUCUCUUCAUUCUACAGAGACCUCACCAGCUCCUUCCAAGCUAUGAAACUGGUGAUACAGUUUCUUAGGGUCUGAAGGUAUACUGGGAGUGUCAGUGAAGAAUAACCUAAGAAAGGAAGUGGGACAGGUGAAAGUUGGAGAGACAAAAGUCUGAUUUCCACCAAUAGGGGGUGUGGAGGAACCAAGUGACACUCACACACAUGCUACUGUAUUUUCAAUAAUGAGUGACAAUAAAGUGUUUGUUUUUUAAAAUUUA